AUGGAAAAUGAAGAAGAUAAAGAUAUGGUUAUGUUGCAUUUAGUCAGAAGAAACAACAAAAGCUUUUACGACCUUGCUAAGAUUUACAAAUCUGACAGAAAUUGGUUCUAUCGCGAAAACUUACCGAUUUCAAUGACCCCAAAUGAAGAUGUGAAACAAAUAGUUCAAGAUACGUUACCUCAAACACACUAUGAUAUGAAAGGUUGUACAAUACUUACCUUCAAAGAAGAUUUGCCAUUGUUAAAGGAAAAAAUAACAGAGUAUUUUGACAACUUCAAACAAGCAGAGUAA